UAUUUGUAUAUAUUCCAUCUGUUCGUUAUCUCUCUAUCCAUCAAUUUCUUGUGUCUAAAAAUCUUAAAUCCCAAAAAACCCCCCAGCCAUGUCCAUGGCUUCUCUAUCAGCCGACCUGGCUACCACCAUCCUUGGCUUCUCGUAUCGACGCCCCAAUUCGCUUUCUCGGCUCCAAGCCACACUGCUUUUCCCUAAUCUCUGGAGACCCAAGUCGCUCCAUUUCCAAUCCCAAACUUUAAGCUACCACUCCAAGCCGUUUCGCUCGAGUCUCGUCGCCGUCGACUUCUCCAAGCCCAAGAGAGGUUCGAGAAGGUUCACAGUCGCUUCCACGGCCACAACGACGUCGCAGAGUGAAAGUUCUGAUGUUUCCACCACCAAGAUUCCUCGUGAUGAUCGUAUUCCUGCUACCAUUAUCACCGGCUUCUUGGGCUCUGGGAAGACAACGUUGCUUAACCAUAUAUUGACAGCCGAGCAUGGGAAGCGAAUUGCAGUUAUUGAGAAUGAGUAUGGUGAGGUAGACAUUGAUGGGUCUCUGGUUGCGGCAAAAACUACUGGAGCCGAAGAUAUUGUUAUGCUGAAUAAUGGCUGUCUUUGCUGCACUGUGAGGGGUGACCUUGUGAGGAUGAUUUCAGAAUUAGUUAAUAAAAAGAAAGGGAAAUUUGAUCAUAUCGUUAUAGAGACCACAGGAUUGGCAAACCCAGCACCCAUCAUUCAGACAUUUUAUGCUGAAGACAACAUAUUUAAUGAUGUCAAGUUAGAUGGUGUUGUCACUUUGGUUGAUGCUAAACAUGCUGGAUUUCAUCUGGAUGAAGUUAAGCCAAAAGGAGUAGUAAAUGAAGCAGUAGAGCAGAUUGCUUAUGCUGAUCGUAUUAUUGUAAAUAAGACUGAUCUUGUUGGGGAGCCAGAUAUCGCUUCAUUGGUCCAACGGAUAAGGAACAUCAAUCACAUGGCUCAACUGAAGCGGACAAAGUUUGGAAAAGUUGACUUGGAUUAUGUUCUUGGCAUUGGAGGCUUUGAUUUGGAGAGGAUAGAUAGUGCUAUUGAUACUGACAGUGCAAAGGAAGAUAGCCAUGAUCAUCAUGAUCAUGAACAUGACCAUGAACAUCAUCACCAUCAUCAUGACGAUCACAAGCAUGAACAUCAUGAUGGCCACCACUCCCAUGACCACACUCAUGAUCCUGGUGUUUCUUCUGUCUGCAUAGUUUGCGAAGGGAGCUUAGAUCUUGAGAAGGCUAAUAUAUGGCUUGGUACACUAUUGUUGGAACGGAGUGAGGAUAUAUACCGUAUGAAAGGCCUUUUAUCUGUUCAGGGUAUGGACGAGAGAUUUGUGUUCCAGGGAGUGCAUGACAUAUUUCAAGGUUCACCUGAUCGGUUGUGGGGUAAAGAUGAACCAAGGGUAAACAAGAUUGUUUUCAUAGGGAAGAAUUUGGAUGCACAAGAAUUAGAAAAGGGUUUUAAAGGCUGUUUACUGUGAUAGUUGAAUUGUCACUGUGUCUCUCUUUCCCUCACAAAAUUGAGAAUGAACAUUAUUACAAUAUAUAUAAUCUGAUUAGUAUAAUAUGUAUGACUGUGAAUUGAUAAUCACCAACAAUUUUUCCAGCUGUCU